AUGCACGCCUGGACUGAUUCAACGACCACUCUCGCCUGGAUUCAAUCAUCUCCACAUCGAUGGGCUACGUUUAUUGCAAACAGAACCAGCCAGAUCCAGAGCCUCACACCACCAUCACUCUGGCGAUAUGUUCCAACCAGCGAAAAUCCGGUAGACUGCGCGUAUCGUGGACUCUACCCUACUGAACUCCUGAAACAUCCAAUGUGGUGGAAUGGACCUGCGUUCCUGGUUCAAGAUCACAAUACAUGGCCCUUAUGUUCUGCUACGGCCGUCACAGACCUUGAAGCACGACCCACAGUCCUCGUGACAACCCGGACCAACACCAUUUUCGACCGUCUCUUCUGUCGAUUUUCGUCAUUACAAAAGAUCAUUCGCAUCAUCGCAUAUUGUAAACGGGUCUUUGCGAACAUCAAACCCGACAGAAUCGACCCAUCAACCACCGAACUAAGUAACGCACUGGAGGUCAUUAUACUCGCCGUACAAAGCCAAGCGUUCGGUGACGAACUUACGCAACUCCGCGAUCCUACUCACAAAGGUGUUAGCAAGUUACGUGGCUUGAAUCCAUUUGUUGACAACCGUGGAAUUCUACGAGUUGGAGGUCGUCUGGUUCACGCUGAUCUUCCGUGUGAGCAGAAGCACCCUAGUCUUCUCCCGAGGACACAUCGAUUUACUCACUUGCUAAUUGACGACACCCAUCGUCAGCACAAGCACCCGGGGGCUACAACACUACAAUCCAUCAUCCAGCAACAGUAUUGGAUUGUAGCCAGUCGUCAAGUUAUUAAAUCUCGUUUACGUCACUGUAUUGCCUGCUACAGAACUCGUCCUCGAGGAGUCCAGCCCGUAAUGGGAAAUUUGCCAAAAUUCCGUUUACAGCAAAUAAAGCCAUUCACCGCAGUCGGGGUCGACUACGCUGGUCCAAUCAUGUUAAAACCAUCAACAACGCGCAGCACUGUACCAUGCCAAGCAUACAUAUGCCUCUUCGUCUGCAUGGCAACCAAAGCGCUACAUCUUGAACUCGCCUCAGACUUGUCCACUGAGACUUUUCUGAUGGCCUUUAGUCGUUUUAUUUCACGCCGAGGCCCAAUACAACAGAUACACAGUGACUGUGGAACCAACUUUGUAGGCGCCUCCAAGUUGUUUGAAACAGUUGAUCAAUUCACGCAAUCCGCUGAACACCAGGAAAAGUGUAGAAGCUUUCUCACAGCGCGGAACAUCAGCUGGCACUUCAAUCCACCAUCCACACCUCACUUCCCCAGAUAG